AUGGAUCAUGAUUUGGACUUUGUCGAAUUUACAGCGUAAGACCUUUCUGACUGAAAAUUUUCAGCAAAACUCCAUUCCAGAUCUAACCUAGUCGACAAAUUCGGAUCAUUUACAAAUCAUAUUCAGAAAAAAAGAUUCACAGAUAUGAUUUCCCUUAUGUCGAUGAUUAUGAUUGUUGUAAGCACAAUUGCCACCACAAUUUUUCACUGUAUGGAAAGUUGCUCGAAAAGUUCGAAAGAGAAGAAGCUGAAGAAGAAAGGAGAUCAAGAUGCUUUGGAGGAACCAAUAUCGAUAGUUAUUGAGCCUUGUAGCUCUAAAAGCACUUGUGAUAACUCGAAAAGUCAGAAGAACUUCAGUUUGAAUAGAUUAUUUGUGGUGAAUCCGUUGGGCAGAGUUGUGAAAUUAAAGAAGAAUGAAAAUAGUGGAGAAAAAUCGGAGACGAAAAAAUAA